AUGAGUCCCCCAGGUCAACUCCACCAUCUUCCGCCUCCCCCCUCAACUCAGGGAUUGUCAUCUCGAGCCCUUACAGCCAAGCGCAAAGCGCUCUCCAAACCGAUAACUGAAGCUUGCAAGGAGAAAAAGGAGUUUCUUGCGGUUGCUAUCGACAAGAAGGACUACAGUAGGACCUUAAUGGUUGACGAUAAUAGCGCCGAAGGAACCAGAUCCGUUGCUGCUUAUAGGUUGACACCACAUCGUGAACGUCGUGAUGAUCGUUCUCCUCGGAGGGCCCGUCGCAGUGGUUCCUCUCUGCAGAGGGAGAAGUCAAGGGCCCGGACUGACCGUUCUCCUCGAUCGUCCCCUCCUACUGAACCAAUAAGUCCUCCUCCUCCUAUUGACAUGUCCUCCUCUUCCCAACAUAGUGGCAAGAAGACUGCUCGGAGCGCAUCUCCUAAAAAGGGGAGUUCUGAGUCUCGAGAUGCUCCCUCGAAGUCGAAGGCUGUUCUUGUCCCUCAGACCAAAUCACUUUCAGCCAUGGAGAAAGAGGGUAGCGUCUUUCGAUGCUUCAAAACUCGAUCGGGUGCGAUCCUGCCGGAUUUUGAUAAGUGGCGUCCUGCAAUUCGUGAACGGUACUUGCUUCAUGCGUACCAUUCAUCUCGCGAAAACGGCGAACUCAAUGAUAUAGUUGAACACUAUGAGGGACUGUUGCUCAGUCGGGGACAGGAAAUCGAUACGUGGAAGAGUAAGUUUUCUGCUCUUGAGGCCGACCUCCACUCCUCUAAGCACGAAUUGGAAGAUCGAGUCGACAAUAAGCACGAAUUGGAAGAUCGAAUCGCGAAGGUGAAAGGUGAGCUGCAAGACCAGUACGACCGGAAUAACCAACUUCAGGAUGAGUUUUCCGGCGUUCAAGGUAGACUCUAUGAAUCCGAAUCGACCGCCUAUUCCUUGAAUAACCAACUUGCCGAACUUGACGUGAAGUACAAGGCGAUAGCCAAGCUGCGGGACUCCGAGUUGGCAAGGUCAGCAUCGAAGGCCAGGAAAAAGGUCAAGGGACACGGGAUGGAGUUGAUUCAAGGGGCCAUCCGUUUCAUGCAAACCGAGAAAGCGCGAUCGAUUCUCGAAUCGGAUAUCAAGGAGCACGAGAGCAAUUUACUCCUACUAGACCAACUUCAUGAAGAGGGUUUCUCUGAGGACCCACUCUUCCUAUCCGGCGAUGGUUUCGAGCCGGCCGGUGUUCUCUUUCCUCACGCCGUGUUUCACUUUCCUUCAAGGGAGAAGAAAGAGGCGUAUGAUUUCAUGGACAAGGUCGUCGACAAACAUCGCCAUUUGUGUGAUGAACGGCAAAGGCUGGGUCUUAAAAGGCAAACACUCGAGGCUCGCAUUGCUCGAGUGGAGAGGAAAGUAAGGGCUUUCGAGAGUGAUCUUUUUCAAUGGGAGUGGAGGAACUUUGAUUCUAUUGCAGAGAUCCCGAGGAUGCUCCGGAUGUAUCUUCGCGGUAGAGGUCAGGUUCCGGGCCCCGUGAAUACUCCGGUCGAAGUCGCCCCGCUCGACAGUGAAGAGGAGGAAGAGAAGGAGGACGACAAUCCUUGUAAGCGUGUCCGGAGCAGACCCGGAGAGGAUGACAAGAGAGAGGCGUCCACUUCGAAGUCCAAACCGGCGAUGAAGGAGCCUGUUCCUGAGCCUCUUCCAUAA